CAGGCCUCUCGCGUUCGCGACGUUCGCGUCAAAAAUGGCGGACAGCAGGAGGGGAAUAAGCUCUCCUCGGUCAUCUCCCUUCCAGUUCCAGCCUCCAGUCGACCCUCAAGACGAUGAACAGAUGCCGCCAGCCGCCGAAUACGAAGGAGAUGGUGCGUCUGGACGUGCGCAGACAGACAGUGGCAGCAAGCCAGCCAAGAAGCGACGAGUGAGGGAGAGUACGGACAACAACGGCGGCGUGCCGGACUAUCCCAGCGGCUCGGGCAACUGUGUGCCGUCUUCACAGCAGCAGCAGCAGUUCUACCUGACAGCAGCGCAGAAGAUCGACCUGCACACGCGCAACUACGUCGCCGAGUCUGAGGGCAAGGCGUACGAGAACGGGCUGGUGAUCCUCACGCGCAAGUUCUUCGCCCUCUUGGAGAUGUGCCCGGGACAGACGGUGGACCUCAACACGGCCGAGCAUGCACUCGAUGUGCAGCGUCGCCGCCUGUACGACAUCGUCAAUGUGCUCGAGGGCAUCGGCAUCAUCGAAAGGGUCGGCAGACACUCAUUCAGAUGCGCGUAAGCAAGCAAACAGAGAAGCAGACAGACAAGGACGGGAGGAGGCCAGUGAGAACGGCAUUCCAUCGUGUGUCAUAUCUAUGUCUGUGUGUGUGUCUGUCUUUCUUCCCUGGCUGGCUGCAGUAGGCGUCUUCCCUCUCUGUUGUCGUGCGGUGCCCAGAUGGAGUCUGAGCUGGCGGUGCUGCAGGCCGAGAACGACCAGCUGGACAGACAGCUCGCCGAGAUGGAGGCAUAUCAGGACAGAAAGUGGCAACUCGCCAAGGACCAAGGGUAAGUAAAUGGGAAGAAACACAGACAGAGAGGGGAGGGGAGGGGGCGGUCAUAUUGGGUUGAUAUGUGUGUGUGUGUGUGUCACACCAGGUUGUUGUACAUCAGUGGCGGUGACAUUCGUGACACCGUGGACUAUCGGGCCAAGACCAUCGCGCUCGUCCAUGCCCCCAAGGAUGCGUCGGUGGCCGUCGUCUGCGACGCACUCCCAGACAACGCCGUCCAGGUACACACACGCGAUACAAAACCACAGAGGGGCCCGUAUGUUCGUCGCUCUUGUGUGUGUGUGUGUGUGUGUGUGUCAGGACAUUCCUCGUUUCGUCCAGUUCAGCUCUCCGAGCGAGCGCAUCCACAUGACACACAUCAGCGGCAAACAGUACAGGGUCCGCUAACAGUCAUGGCUUCGUUCGUUCCCUCCUUGCUUCUGACUGAUCGAUCACAUGUCCGAUUCGAUUCAGCUGGUGGUUCACGACCCUUCGCAGAGCAGCAGCAGCACCCCCUUUCCGCCCGGGAUCUUCCCCUCGCCCAUCGAGCACCUGUGCGCCAUCCACGGCAUCAACGCAACGCCAUCACACAGGGGAGAAUCGCCCAUACCAGCCAUGCACGAGGGGGGAGCCGCAGCGGCAGCGGCAGCGGCAGCGGAGUCGCCACUCGCGUCAAUGCUGGCAGCAACAGGCAAGUGGGUGGAGGGGGGGACACACCAACGAAGGAACGGAAGCGACAGGCACACUGACUGUUGGUUGUGUUGUGUGGUGGCUGGCGUCUGGGACCAGGGUGUAUUCGGCAGCCGACGGACACGCGAGUCAAGAGGGACAGAAGCAGGAGUGCAGCACGGGCAGAAGGUAAGUACGUGCGUAUGUCAAUCGGUGUCAUUCGUCCAUUCCGAUCGCGUGAUGAGUGUUGUUCUUCCUCUCUGCGUUGGGGUGGGUGGAUUGGCGGAUGACUGGCUGCAGCGAUGGGCCUCCUCUCGGCGAUCAAGGAGGAGGCAAUGGAUGACGAUUAUUAUGAUCAAAGUAGCUACUAGCCGAAAGAUGUAGAUCCCGCUUUGUUGUGUGUGCUUCGUCCGUCGAGAGAGCAGGGGUGCAGUGCAGGGGCCCCCCAGCCAUUCAUCCAUCCAUCCCCUCAUGCGUGUGGCGAGCGGGUCAAGACAUCCAUGCACACAGGUGCACACGGCGAUCCAUCUGGCGAGUGGGCGGCGUGCAUGUGUGUGUGUGUGUGUGUUUGUUCGUGCGGUUGGAGGGAGGGAUUCACAGGUGUUCACGGACAGAUGAAUCGCUAAACCAAUGAACGUUCC